GCCCCCAACCGCCGCCGCCCCCGCCCCCGGCCUGCCCGUCAGCGAGCGGGCGAGCGGCCUCCGCGCCCGGCCUCCGUGAGGGGGGCGUCCAGCCGGACCCUGAGCCUCGCCCUCUCGCGUUGCGGCCGACCGCGCCUCCUCGGCCGCCUGCCCGGCAUGAAGACCAAGUUCUGCAACGGGGGCGAGGCGGAGCCCUCGCCGCUCGGACUGCUGCUGAGCUGCGGCAGCGGCAGCGGCAGCGCGGCCCCGGCGCCCGGCGUGGGGCAGCAGCGCGACGCCGCCAGUGACCUCGAGCCCAAGCAGCUGGGCGGGCGGCAGCCGCAGCUCGCGCUGCCCCCGCCGCCGCCGCCGCCGCUGCCGCUGCCCCCGCCGCCGCCGGCCGACGAUCAGCCCGAGCCCAGGACGCGGCGCAGGGCCUAUCUGUGGUGCAAGGAGUUCCUAUCCGGCGCCUGGCGGGGCCUUCGCGAGGACCAGUUCCACAUCAGUGUCAUCAGAGGUGGCCUCAGUAACAUGCUGUUCCAGUGCUCCUUACCCGACACUCUGGCCACCGUUGGUGACGAGCCUCGGAAGGUGCUCCUGCGGCUUUAUGGCGCGAUUCUAAAGAUGCGGUCCUGUAAUAAGGAGGGAUCCGAACAAGCUCAGAAAGACAAUGAAUUUCAAGGCGCCGAGGCCAUGGUUCUGGAGAGCGUUAUGUUUGCCAUCCUCGCAGAGAGGUCGCUGGGGCCAAAGCUCUUUGGCAUCUUCCCCCAAGGCCGCCUGGAGCAGUUUAUCCCGAGCCGGCGAUUAGAAACUGAAGAAUUAAGUUUGCCAGAUAUUUCCGCAGAAAUAGCUGAGAAAAUGGCCAGAUUUCAUGGUAUGAAAAUGCCAUUCAAUAAGGAACCAAAAUGGCUUUUUGGAACAAUGGAAAAAUACCUGAAUCAAGUGCUGAGAAUUAAAUUUACCGGGGAAUCCAAAGUUAAGCAGCUCCACAAAUUCCUCAGUUACAACCUGCCUUUGGAACUAGAAAACCUGAGAUCACUACUUGAAUCCACUCCAUCUCCAGUCGUGUUUUGUCACAAUGACUGUCAGGAAGGUAAUAUCUUGUUGCUGGAAGGCAGGGAGACUUCUGAAAACCAGAAACUGAUGCUCAUCGACUUUGAAUACAGCAGUUACAACUACAGGGGAUUCGACAUUGGGAAUCAUUUCUGUGAAUGGAUGUACGAUUAUAAUUAUGAAAAGUACCCUUUUUUCAGAGCAAACAUCCUGAAGUAUCCCACCAGGAAGCAACAGCUCCAUUUCAUUUCCAAUUACUUGGCUGCAUUCCAAAAUGAAUUUGAAAACCUCACUAAUGAAGAAAAGUCCGUUAUAGAAGAAGAAAUGUUGCUUGAAGUCAAUAGGUUUGCCCUUGCGUCCCAUUUCUUCUGGGGACUUUGGUCCAUCGUACAGGCCAAGAUUUCAUCCAUUGAAUUUGGGUACAUGGAGUAUGCCCAAGCCAGGUUCGAUGCCUAUUUCGACCAGAAGAGGAAGCUUGGGGAGUGACUGGGGAGGCCCGCCUGUGCUGCAUCCCUGGACUGCGCGGGGGCGGCCAAGCCCGAGGGUCCCUCUGUGCUCCGACUACUGUACCUGCAGCAGGAAGGCUCGGACGUCUCGCUGCCGAACACAGAUGUGUAUGAUACGAAAGACUGUAUUAAAAUUGAGGAACAUUUA